AUGAUGAAUUCGUUGUUCGGCAUCGGCUGGGCAUUGGUUGCUCUAUACUUUAACCUUUAUCGGCGCGAUUGGUGCGUCAUCUGGCUGUUUGCGCGCAUUGUGCAGGUUUUUCAGUAUACGGGCCAGAAGCUGGUAGAUGCGGGCAACUUCUGGGCGCUCAUGUUCUUCAUCAUGGCAUUGGCCCUGUCGGACUUCUAUCUUGUCGUUGGUUAUUGCUCGAAUCGAAUAUCAUUGAACGUGGCCUCGAACUACCGCCAGGAGUACUUCCGACAGUUUGCUGCCCUAGUAGGCGCGUCCGGUUGUGGUAAAUCGACCAUAAUAUCCCUCCUGGAACGGUUCUACCAGGUCUCGAGCGGGGAGAUUUUAAUUGGCGGGGAGAACAUCAAUUCAAUCGAUCUAUCGUCGUAUCGAUCGUCUCUCGCCCUCGUGUCGCAGGAGCCGCAGUUGUUCGACGGCACCAUCCGAGACAAUCUCCUCCUGGGCCAUGCCAACCCGGAGACCAUCCCGGAGUCACAGAUAGUCCAGGCAUGCAGGGACGCGGAGAUUCACGACUUUAUCGCUUCCCUUCCGGAUGGCUAUAACACCGCCCUCGGGACUAAUUCCCAGGCGGCCAUGAGCGGAGGGCAGAGGCAGCGGGUGUGCAUUGCCCGCGCGCUGGUCCGGAGACCUUCCGUUCUUCUCCUUGAUGAGGCCACCUCUAGCCUGGAUUCCCAGUCGGAACGCCUUGUGCAAGGGGCAUUGGAGCGGCUGGCAAAGAAACGCGACAUGAUUAUCAUCACAGUGGCACAUCGGCUGGCAACCAUCCAAAAGGCGAAUCCAAUCUUCGUGCUGGGUCGCGAUCAAGAGGAUGGACAUACCAAGGUGCUUGAGAGUGGAUCACACGCACAGCUUAUACUGAAGCGGGCAGCAUAUUGGGAAAUGUGUCGUGCGCAAGCUCUCGAUCGAGGUAUUGAAUAG